AUGUCCCGCCGCCAGCCACCGUCGCCGCCUCGCUACAACACCAACUACCGCAGCAGCGCCUCGCGCGCCCCAUACAGCCGCGACCAUGGCGGCCGCCACGUCACGCGCACCCGGCCGGAACAGCGAUUCGCAAGCACCGUCGACGCAACACCAGCCGAACCACCGCUCGCCUACUCCCCAGAACAGACGCGCUACGAGCAAUACAUCAACUCCAACAACAUAACCCGCGGCGCCCCCCGCCGCCGCAACAGCGACUUCGACGUCGACAUCGUCGGCCGCCUCCCCACCCCUCGCCGCCAUGAACCCGAACCACCCUACUACCCGGAGCGCCAUGCAGUGCCCAUGGACUACGUCGCCCGCUACGACAACGACAACGACAACGACCCCUACCACCACGCCAGACCGCCGCGCCACGUGCCCCGCACUACCGGUACCACCACCACCACCACCACACGCCCUCGCCCCCGCCCACGCCGCGAAAGGUUAAUCAUCACCGCCCCCGCAACAACACAGCCUCCACCACCACCACUGCCGAAACCGCGCCCCCGCCCGGCCUCCGACUCCAGCUCCUCCUCCCACCGUGUGAGCCGUUAUUCCCACCAUCACCGCCACCAGCCCGCCGCCGCCACCGGCCGCGUCGCCGUGGAGGAGGAAGUGUUCGCCACUAUCCCGGAUGAUGAUGGCGACGACGAUGACGACGAUGACGAUGACGAUGACGACGCUUCCUCUGACGGCCGCCGCCGGCGGGGGCGGGGGCGGCAGUGGCGUGUCGAGCCUGUUGCGUAUUCGGGCGCGGCGCCGGCGGCGGUGGCGGGGGAGGAGGUGGAAGUGGAAGAGCGGCUGGAAGAGGUGGAAGAGCUGCAGGGAGAGGGGGAAGGGGAGGACGAGGACGAGGACGAGGACGAGGACGAGAUGGCUUUCCGGCCGAUGCCGUCGGCGAGGCCUGGGUCGGGUAGGGGAGGAGGCUGGUUGGGGUACGAGGCGCUGCAGGGGAUGCGGUAUGGUGACUUUGCGUUGAGUGAGCGGAGUAAGGACGUUUUUGGGGUGCUUGCGGUGGGGGGGUUGGGGGAAGGGGGAGAUGGGGAAGAGGAGGAUGGGGUGGGGAGUGAUGAGGGGGAGGGAGAGGGUGGAGAGGGUGCGAAGGGGGUGGGAGUGACGAAUGCGAAUGGGAGAUUGGUGUCGCAUGAGGUGAGGUAUAGAGUGUUGUUCUCGCGGUGGGCAGAGAAUGGGAGUGGUGGGGAGGAUCCGGUGGCGGAGUUGGUGGUUGGAUCGACGGACAAGGGGGUGGGGGCAGCACGGGGGAUGGCCAAGUGCGGAUUGUUUGAGUGGGUGCAUGUCAAGCAAGAUGUGAUGAAUUUCGAAACUUUCGCGCGGCGUGUAGGGUCGGCAAGCAGGCUUGACCAGGGAGAGAAGAAAUAUGCCUCCAAAGUGCUGAGAGGCAUCUCCAGACAGUUCGAGAAGCCAUUGCUAACGCAGGACGGCAUGCAAGGGAGGUGGAUGAUACCCAAUUUCAACCAGGAGUUUGGCGAUGCUGCCGACGCCCCCAGCGUUGUUUUCAUCUGCUUCCCGUUCUUCACGCUUGAGAAGUACGGACCACCCAGCCUCCCGGAGAACUCCAAAGCGCACCCUAAGAGGACGUUGCUGCAAACGCUGUUCUCGUCAGCAACCCGGGCGCAAGACUUUCAGCAAGCCGUGGCCCAGCUCCCGAACACGCCCAAUGACCACCUUUUCCACGUGCGUCAGCUUUGGGCUUUCAUCGUCGAUGAUAUGGCUGAUGCAGGGAAAACGGCGCCGAAGUAUAUCGAGGUGUCUGAUGAGUGUAUGAACAUAUGGCUUCUUCCGCUAGAAAAGUGCAAGACGUGGUUUAUGUUACAAUCCAACUUCUUCGACACCAUGGAUGACUACGAAAUUGAAGCGGGCUUCACAUACACUGUUGUCCUCGAGGAUGUAGUGGUGACCGAAAGCGAUUGGCCGAAGGUUUACGAAAAGGCACAGCGGAGGACGGUCCGCAUUUCCAUUCGUAGAGGUGCCGGCGAAUUCUCGCUGAGGAUGCCCACGAUUGCCGCUGGAGUUGAAUUUGACGAUGACACCGAUACUCUAAUCUCCGAACCAAUGACCGAGCCAGCGGACUUUCCCGACUCUGAACUCACGAAAGCCCAAUUCCAUGUCUUUACCUGGCUGGCUAGCCCCAAAAACGGCGAAGAUGGCUCUAUAGGUGCGGUUCGCUUGGCUAAAGCGCUGGAAGAGGUUCAGAAACUCCUUCUCAAAGAGAGCCAUCCCGUUGAUCGAAAGGGAUACAGAUCAACUUUCAUUGAGGGGAAACGGAACAAGCCUUCGUAUCAAUCUGUCAGAGACGCCUUGGAAGCGCUUUCCACUCCUACAAAAGAAGCGCAGUAUUGGAAGAGAACGGUGACUGGUUUCGUCAAGGACUUUGUGGACAUUUUCCACUUUUACCUCCCACUGGAUUGUCAAGCUCCGGCGGCAGCCUGCUUCUGGGCUGCGCUUCGCCGCAUGCUCGAUAAGCCUAUCCCACAAGAUGAGAUUUCUCAAUCUGAAGAACUCGGCAGAAUCGCGAGCUACGCCAAACGCUUGAGAGAUUUGUCGAAAAGCAUAUCUGGUCUCGAAGUUCCCCUUCCAUCGAAAACUAAUCCUCCAGACAAAUUCGUCGUGGCCUGGAUCCACACAUGUCUUGCAGUCUGUCACUGGGACCCCUCCGACAUGUCGGCAUUGAGCCAUCAUCUUGAGUGCGCAGAACGUGAGAUGACCAAUGGCUUGCCAAACUUCCUGCGCAGCUUUCAAGAUCUUCCGCUGGAGAAAAAAGCCGCGGCCAUGCCUUUAGGACUAUUGAGCCUGAUUACACAAGAGCUGCUCAUGGAUUGCACUGGCACUCGGCCUGAUGUGUUCACCUCAUACAGAGACUACUACUACCAGCUGAAACACCGCAUCGACGACGACCCGCUCAACCGCGCCCACCAAAAAAGCAUCAACGCCUUCAAACAAGAAAUCGAAGCCAUCACCGCCAUCCUCAACCAACAACUCACCGUCCUCAACGACUUCCGCGCCGCCCUCACCCAACGCCUCGACCACGCAACCACCACCACCCCAACCACCGCCAUCGCCAUCCCCCCCACCAUCCUCGACGCCGCCGCCUCCACCACCGACGCCAAGCUCCGCGGCUUCGCCGGCAUGCGGCGCUCGGCCGAGGCCCUGCGCCUCGCCAGCCUCGACCAGAUCGACUCCAACAAGGACCGCCAGGAGGCCGCCGUCUACGCCUUCACCGUCGUCACCGUCGUCUUCCUGCCGCUGUCCUUCGUCUCCGGCUUCCUCGGCAUGAACACCGCCGACGUCCGCGACAUGCCGUACCGCCAGUGGGUCUUUUGGGCCGCCGGGUUGCCGCUGACGCUGGUCAUCGGCGUGUUGGGCUUGUGGGGCGCGGGCGAGUUGGGGAAUGCGUGGGGGUGGGUUGUGAGGGGUGGGAGGGGGCGGAGUGGUGGUCAUCGUGGUGGUGGCGGUGGUGGUGGGAGGGAGGUUGCGAGACCGGUGGCUUAUGAGGAGAGGGUGAGCGUGGCGGGGUGGAGAGAUGAUGAUGAUGAUGAUGAUCGUUAUGGAGAUGAGGAGGCGGUUGCUCCUAGGAGGGCGGUACGGGGCGGGCUGAUCAAGAGAAGGACGAUGACUUCGAGGAGGUAG